UUCGGCCAUUGGGCUGAGUCUGAACGGCUGGCACCGCAGAAGCAACAGAACUCUUCUUCUUAUGGUUUUUUUCCCAGUCUCGGGUGGAGUCUACAUCUCGUCGCUUCUCUGCGGGCAACGAGGAGGAUUUUUUAUUUUUUUAUAUUAGUUUGAGUGUUGCUCGCUGACCGCCGAGACAUUGGAACGGCUCCUCGAAGAUGACGACCACCACCACGUUUCAAGGGUUAGACCCCGGUACUAAAAGCAGCUCCAGGGUACUACGGCCGCCCGGUGGGGAGUCCAACUUCUCUCUUGGCACAGAUGAAGACGCAACCCCCAACCGCAAGAACAAGAUGGCCUCUAGCAUCUUCGCAGAACCGGAUGACCCCCAUGCUCAUCGAAGGAACAAUCCACCAACUGGGGCACCUACAGGAACUCUGUGCGGAGAACCAUCAGCCCCUCUGAGGAGGGUCCAGCAGCCUCUCCUCUUCCCCAAGAACCCCCAGCCGGAGCUGACCACCAUCCACAACUCUGGAGCAGCUUUGAUCUGGAACCAGAGACGAGAGGGUGAAAACGGCCAGGAACAAGCAAACGAUGAAAGUCCUGAAGAUGUGGAGGGGGAGCAGGAGGAGCCAGAGCAGAAGGAGACGUCACAGCCCCCCGCCCCGUCGGGAGGUGCCAAUGCUGCCGCGGGAGGUCGAAGAAACCCUCCUGGUGGCAAAUCCAGCCUCAUCCUUGGUUAAAACAACGUUCUCUUUUGUUUUCUUUUUCUAUUUUUUUUUUCAUUCAAUCACUUUUUUAUUUUUUGAAAACAAAAACACCCCACCUCUCUCCUCCACCUCAUCAACAUGCCACCGUCUGUCCUCCCCAUGCCUUCACAUGCAUGGACUCUCAUGUCCUCUCACUCCACCCUCAAACCUUUUGUUUGAUCCUUUUUUCUAUUGAAAGAAGAAAACUGUUGACAAAAGCACUUUAUGUAUCUCCCACACCCCUUCCAUUUAAGCCCAUCCUGUAGUGCAUCUCGCCUGCUGGGAAAGGCAUGACAUAGUUUGUCCCUCAUUUCUUCCCCGGUUGUAAAUGGUAAAACAAAAAGAAU